AGAAAGAAAGAAAGAAAGAAAGAAAGAAAGAAAGAAAGAAAGAAAAAUACGACCUCAAGGCUGUAUAGAAUAAGCUAUUUCAUAUUUGGGGAGGGGAUUAUACUGGUGCAGAUGAACUCAUGAGUUCAUCAUGUUGGCCCCCAUCUUAUUUGCUCAGUUCUCAGCACUGAGCUUGUCAUUUAAAAGGUGACGGGAAAAGACGUGAAGAAAGUGGACUAGUGCGUCAAGGUGUUUCCCCUGUCACGGUGUUCAUGCUUCACACCUAUUCAUCUACAUACUGCUAAAAAUACACCUUAACCCACAGUUUCAGACCUAAACGUACAUGAUGCACAAGUGCAUCUACUGUACAAAACGCGUUUUUUCGCUUGGUUUUUGCUUUUUUAUUCUCACUUUUUUCCGUCUCUGUUCUUCCCACCCGUGGCUAGACUUAGAAAGGGGAAAUCCUGUGAUCUCCUUUAAUUCCAGGAAGUCGCAAGACAUUUAACUGCGUCCCAUCUGGAGACUUUAUAGAAUUGUUUUGGAAUAUAUUUUGCACAGCAUCAGCAUGUAGGUCGCGUUUUAAUACCGACCGAACACCGUGGAUAAUGCGCGUGAAUGAAGCGGAGCACGUGCUGGAUUUACCGUUACCGCUACCGGUGGAAACAAAGAUGCAUGCACGCACACUCGUUCAUGAAGGAGGGAUGUUUACUGCACUUAUUCGUGUUCUCACAAAGGCCGUAAAAGUUUGAAAUUGUGUAGCCAGGGCUCUCUGAUACUCCAAAUACAAUGUUCCCCCUGAGAACGCUUCUUACUGCAGCACUGCCUUUGCUGGUCCUGAGUACCAAGCUUGAGCAGUGCUCAUUUAAAACCGUUGUUCAUUACAAUUCUCCUGUGCUGGAGUCGUUGCAGUGUUAUAAUGACUUUACCACUCAGAUGCGUUGUACCUGGGAGGAGGAACCACACACACACAUGCACAUGCCAAUCAGCGAUGGACAGUCGUGCGUUCCUGAUGGUCAAGGGGAGCUUCAGUCUAGUGGAAAACUCAGCCGGAGUUGUAUCUAUAAAAUGGAUUUUAGCAUGGGCAGCCAUGACCUCUUCUUCAACACAUCCUGCCCUUCUAAAGCGACAACAUAUAACAUAGCUGCAGAAGGCAAGGUUCUCUCCCCAACAAAUUUCUCUGAGAAAAAAGAUUUUGGUGGCAACCGACUGCUGAGUUGGAGCAGCCCGUAUCCUCCGUCAUCCCCUCUCACACAAAAUCUUACCUACCAGCUCACGUACAGAAGACAUCAACAUGACUGGAUUGUGAUAGAUAAUAUCAACGAUACAAUGUUUGUGAUCAAGAGUCAUGCACUCUUGCCCGCAUACUCAUAUGAAGCUAGGGUUCGAGUGCGGGGUCGUGUAGGCCGGUGGAGCGACUGGAGCCCCACAGUGUUCUGGAUAACCGAGGAAGAAGGCGUCAUUAACCUGCAGUGUGUAAUUAUGGAAGGAGGGGUGACAUGUAGUUGGCAGGUGAAAAAAAGGCAGGCCGAGUUCCUCUCGUAUCACCUGUGUGGUCACACUAAAGGAACAAGUGUGAAAUGCAACCACUGUAACCAUCAUGCUGAGCAUGCUCACUCUGGAGCCUUUCUAGAAUAUACAUGUUCACUGGAUAGCUCUGAACCUGAACUGCUGACUGUGGAGAUCAGAAGUUUACGAAAGGUCAAGAGCUUUAGUGACCCUGAAAACAUUCAACCACUACGACCAUCCAAAUUAUCAGUAUAUAAACAAGACGGUGUUUGGAAGCUGAAAUGGACCAGACCUGAUGUUUAUGAAUUACUCACUCUCUUCUAUCAGGUGUACUUUCGAAGCAAUGUCACAAAGGAUGAAGUGGAAUUCAAUCUUACUGAAGCAGAUCUCAGUACAAAUGUUCCCUCCUCCCUGUUGCCCUCUACAAGCUACAUGGCUAUGGUGAGAGCACAUCCAGGGAAUGUAUUUAGAGGUCGACCCUCUGACUGGUCUGAUCCUGUAUACUUCACCACUGAUCCAGGUGUAGCUCCCUGGAUGAACACCAUAAUUUACAUAUUGAUAGCUGCAUUAGUAGCCCUGCUUUUCAUCCUCCUGUAUAAUGCCCUUCCAGCCUGCCACAGGAGACUGGUACUGUGGAACAUUUCCAUUCCUUCUCCCAUUAACAGCAAAGUCCUAGGGGAAAUGAGCAGUAAGAACUUUCUUGCUUCAGAGACCAAUCCAUGCAAAGAGAAAACCUCUGUGUUUGUUAUCCAGACCUCAGAUAACCCUAUCAUCUAUAAGGGCAGUAUCUCUGAGUACCCACUCCUGAAAUGCAGCAAUGACAUUGACAUGGGCCUCAGCAAGAGUGAAUCAGAAUGGCCAAAAAGUUCUUUGUUCUUAGAUGGGAGCAGAAUGACAGACAAAUCUGGCGUAAGCUUUCUUGGCCCUUACAUCCUUUGCCGCGAGGACUCUUUAGUGCCAAGUGAAACUUCGGACUCGUCUGUGUCUCCCCUCUUAACUUUCGAUGAUGAUGGAAGAUACGUUUCUGAGCUCCCUAAAGAUUCUUUUCCAAUAAAAGGAGGCUAUGUUUUAUCCCCUGUCAAAAACCCAACUUCAGAAUGCUCCACCCCAAUCAAUAAUCAAGUUAGUGAGAACAGAGAGGCCAAGAAGUCCGAGCCCCCUGAUGAGGAUCCCCCGGCCUACACUUCAAGUCCAGUUGCGGUGUCCAGUGCCAUUUUUUCUUACCCUUCUGGAUACUGUCUGAUGCCCAACAUGGAGAGUGUUGCAACAUGGGUGUCUGCUUCUGUCCCUCCACCUGAGGGCUACACAGAGAGAAUGUUGCAUGAGAUUAAGGGAGAUUCAACUGAACGCAGCUAUGUGACACUUUCUCAGCGUGAACUAUUUCAGUAAUAAUGGCACAAAUGAAUAUACUAAGGCCAGAACUUAAUAGGUCAAGGCAACAAAUGAAUCUAGUAUCUUGUCUAUACAUUCUGCAAUUUUCUCAUUACUUAAUAUGUUGUGGGAACCUCAUACUUAGUAUUUGGCCCCUAGUUAACUUGCCUACUAGGUGCAUGAAUGAUGUAAAUGAAAGUCCUGACUCAUUUAAUAUUAGAAUUACAGCCAUAAAAUAAUCCAUUUGUUCAUACUGAUUUAAAACAUCUAAUAAGUCGUUUUAUAUUCUGCUGGGAGAAUGAAAUACCAAUGUAGUGGUAAAAAUGGUUAAUGAUUGGGCCGGAAUGGGUAAAAUUCUCUGAAGCUGAUGUGGACUAAUGGUAUAUCCCUAAAGCAUUCCUUGUGACUCCAGUUCCUGCAGCCACAACAAUCUAAAUCAACUUAAUUCUUUGUGCCUCGAUUAUUUUUCAUACUGUAGCUCUGACACAAGUUCUGUACUUUGUGGCAACAAAACUGAUCUUAAGAAACUUGCCUUAAUGGCUUUUAUAUGUGACCACUUGUUAUAAAAAUAACCACAAUGUCUUCUUUGUGUCUCAGUAUCUGUAUAUACAAAGCUAAUAUCUUUCUUUUCAAAACUGCUUCAAAUCCUGAAUCUUGGACUAAUUCAUGGGCCAAUAAUAUGAUAGAUGUUUGAUUAUUUAUGGAAAAAAAAUCUCAAAACAGCAACCUGUUGAAGUAGCUAUGAUUCUGUAUCAUGCCAUGCUGUCCAGCAGAUGGCAGUGCUGGUGGACUUUGUGAGCACAACAUGCACAACAUGUGAGCACAAGUUAUUCUCUGUCUAUGCAUUACUUUGCACAUGCUUACUAUACCUGUAACUGAAUGUAAGCUUUUUUUGUAACUGACUUAUAUUUGAGCAUAAUUAAUUAAAAUGCACAUUUAAUCCAA